GCAUAUACUAAGGUGCAGAAAAGUCAUCUUAGGAACCAAUCAAAGCCAUGCAACUCCUCCACACAAACGAAGAAACCUCAAAGAUAAAAGGGGCCUCCACUUCAUUGCAAACAUUUCAAACACCCUGAUUUCUCUCUAAGCUUUGCUUUCAAUCUUCUCCUUACAAAAAAAAAUCCUUUCCCUCUCUUGUCCCAAUAAUUAGCAAAAGAAGCCAACAGAAAACUAUUCCAUAUAGUUUUCAAUUCAAACUUGUUUUGAUUUUCAUUUUAACUCAAUGGAGAACAGAACAAGCUCUGUACUCCCACCUGGCUUCAGGUUUCAUCCCACUGAUGAAGAACUAAUUGUUUACUAUCUUUGCAACCAAGCCACAUCAAGACCAUGCCCUGCAUCAAUCAUCCCAGAAGUGGAUAUCUAUAAGUUUGAUCCAUGGGAAUUACCUGAAAAAACAGACUUUGGAGAAAAGGAGUGGUACUUCUUUAGUCCACGAGAGAGGAAGUAUCCAAAUGGGGUGAGGCCUAAUAGAGCAACCGUGUCUGGGUAUUGGAAGGCCACUGGCACAGAUAAAGCAAUCUAUAGUGGGUCUAAGCAUGUAGGGGUGAAGAAGGCUUUGGUUUUUUAUAAGGGUAAGCCACCAAAGGGUCUCAAGACAGAUUGGAUUAUGCAUGAGUAUAGAUUAAUUGGAUCAAGAAGACAAGCCAAUAGACAAGUUGGAUCCAUGAGGCUAGACGACUGGGUCUUGUGUAGGAUCUACAAGAAGAAGAACAUUGGAAAGUCAAUGGAGGCAAAAGAGGAAUACCCAAUAGCCCAAAUCAAUCUUACACCAGCAAACAAUGACAGUGAACAAGAAAUGGUGAAAUUUCCAAGGACUAGUUCCCUUACUCAUCUUUUGGAAAUGGAUUACUUGGGUCCAAUAUCACAUAUAUUAUCUGAUGCCACAUACAAUUCAACCUUUGAUUUUCAAAUUAACACUGCCAAUGGUGGAAUAGACCCGUUCGUAAAACCACAGCCGGUUGAAAUCCCUUAUGCAGCAGAUUCAGGGAAGUACCAAGUGAAACAAAAUAGCACCAUCAACCCCACCAUAUUUGUGAACCAAGUGUAUUAUCAAAGAGGAUAAUGCCAAAAAAAAUAUUAAAAAAAAUGAAAUUGGAUUAUUUGGACAUGACGAUAAGCGUCACCAAUUAAAUAAUCCUGAAGAUUCUUUGUAAAUAUAUAUAUAUAUAUAUAUAUAUAUAUAAAUAUAAGAAUUUUCAGUGAUAUCCAAUCAGAUAGCUCCCAUAGAAAUUGUAUAUAUAUAUAUACUCUUUGUAAGAAAUACCAUUCAUUAAGUAACACUUUUCUCAACACUUUUUUUUA